UUUUGUCAUUUAACAGUUUUAAAUGUUGUAAAUGCUUAUGUAAAUAUAUUUUUUGUGGGCAACCAAAGUGCAUAGCUAGCUAACGUUUUGUAGCUAGUAACACCCCAAAUAGCAAUCUGAACUUUUUAGGUUUGUUCAAUGAAAUAACAUUAGUAGAAUUAAAGAGCUAUAGCUAUGGUCAUUUAACAAUAGCAUUAUGUUUCUUGGUAGUCUUUUUGUGUAGUUAAGUAUAUUGCUGUAGUGUGUUUUUAUAUAGUCCUUAUUCUCAUGUUGGUAUUUUGAUAUGACCUCUGAGCGUUUGUUUAAAAGCUCAUUUUAUUUUCACUAAAUUUAUUCUUACUUAUGUUUUUCUUGUUUCUUUAAAGACAAUAGCCAUGCUUGAAGUUGUUUUUCGAGAGACUCACACCUAUUUGUUUUUAAAACAUUUUGUUUAUUUUUCUCUUGUUUUUUAAAAAUAAUGACCAUGCUUGAAGUUGUUUUUCUGAAGACCCCACACACUUGUUUUAAACAACCAGUGUUGUUUAUAGAUAUAUUAUUCCUAAUCAAAAUGAUAUCAAAUCAUAACAAAAGCUGUUAUAAAUUAUUGUUAAAAAAGUGUGUUGUCUGUUGUACCCAUGCUUUCAAAGAACUUAUAUCACCGGUUUUUAUUAUGAUAAUUUAGUUAAGUACACAAUUAAGCUUUCUUUUAUAUCACACUGCAGUUGUGCUUUGCUCAAGUAUUUCAUAUAUAUUUUACAUUGUCAGAAUAAAAAAAAUCAUUUUUCAAGUUGGAAUUGUCAAAGCAGGUCACAAGAAAAGUAGGAAGCAUAUUUUAUCAUGAGUUUUGGUAAUAGUAAGGUAAACAACAGUCUUUUGUGUGUAUACACCUAUUAUAUAUAUACUAUUAUAUACCUUUUUCUUGUUCUUAACAGUAUAUUUUUAUUUCUAGGAAGUUUUGUAUCGACAAUUAGUGAAAAUAUAUACGUGUACAAUUUCUGCAAAAGUCAAUUUGUGAAAAUAAGUCUUUCCUGCAAAAAGGUUUAUUUGUUAAAAUUAAUCAACAUGAAUUUUUAGCAAAACAAAAAGAUUUCUGAAUCUUGUAAGCAGCUUUAAUUGAAAGCUAUAUAAAUCCCAAAUAAUUUAUAAGGACCUAAACUAAAAUUGCAAACUAAUUCACUGCAAAGCAAGUUGAAAUUAUUCGUUUCAAACAUUUAUUUCAAAAAUAAAUUUUUGAAAUUUUUUAAAAUGACUAAUUUGUGAAAAUUAUUCUUUACGGAAGGUAAUUUUUAAUUAAUAUAAACUGGCUAAUAUAAUUAAUAUUAUUAAUAUAUUUAAUAUAAACUGAAUUAUAUACAGAAAUAUCAUAUUCCACAUAUUAUGGAAUCACACAAUCCAUACUCACAUCAUCAUCAUCAUUCUCGGCUUAACGUCCGUUUUCCAUGCUAGCAUGGGUUGGACGGGGUAUAUUAAUGACCCUCUUCCAAUCUGAUCUAGACUGUGUUAGAUCUAAACUCAACUUCCUUUGUAUCAACUCACCUUUUUAACAUAUUUUUAAAACUAUAUGUAGCUGUGUGGAUGUCUUUUUAAUACAGUUGGCACAAAGUGUGUGAAUUUUUUUUUGACAAUGGUAAAUAUAUGUGUAUACAUUUUUAUAUAGCGAAAUCUUCAAGAAUCAUUUGUAUUGGUUGGUACCAUAACAGUUAUUACAAGGAAUGGGACUGAUGGCAUGGCCUAUCCUAUUAUCUUGGGAAAAAAAUGGUAACAAUUGGAAAGUAAGUAUGGCACACAUUUUUCUAAACACAUUGUUAUUUAUUAUAAUUUUUUAUAACAAAAAUAAGGAAAUUUUCAGCUAGGUUUUUUGUCAAAUUUUAUAGUGAUGUUGACAGUGACAUCAGGGUACGAAGUAAAAAUGUUGAGGCGCUUCAUUGCAAAUUAAAAGUCAUUGGAAAAAACGAUGAAAGUCUUUCUUUUAUUGUCAGGUUUUGAUAUUGUUUGUUUCAGGUUGAAACAUCGUCUACGUCAAAUAGUUUAGAAAGGUAUGUUUAUUUCUUUUUUAAUAUGUACUGAAAUUGCUGUAUAACCAUCUAAUUUAAGAUUAAAUUAAGAAUUGAAGUUGCGCAUAUAAGAAAGAGUCUGCAGCCUUAACUGUUACUAAUUUUAGAUUCCUUAAAUUCUUUUAUCCUUGCCUUAGUAUGUUGAUGAGAGAAAAUAUCAGGUUGAAGAAGAAAAUUUCAGAGCUCGAGAGCCAACUUUCAACAGACUCUACAAGCUUACCUAUAGAAAAAAACCGCAAAAAAUGUCCAUUACAGUCAUGUGAUAGUUGUGUUACAAAUUUAUCUCGGCACAUGAUAGAAGUACACUAUUGGCCCCAGAGUAAGGCAAAAUAUUGCGUUGGCAUAUACGGAUUGAGGAAACCAGGUGUUAGGUUUUAGGUUGUCGAAACAAAAGAAUGAGUUUGCACCUCCAAGACGUCCACAAACUAUCAAAAGGACCUUACUAUUAUAGUAUGUUGAGAUUAGCCAGGGUGUGUGACGUUGCAUCAAACAACGAAGUACACAUAUGACAUCCAUCCCUGCCAAGCAUGUCGCCACUGAUGAUCGCCACUGAUCCGAAGUAACAGAUUCGGAUAGUGACAUGGAAGAUGACGAAGUGGUUGACUCUGCUGAAAUUUUAGAGAGGUUUGUGACAUAUAAAAUUUCAGUUGAUGGAGGGAAGAGUUGCCAAAAGAGUGCUAUUCAGUCAAAGCAGCAAUUGAGAGAUAUUUGGGCAGCUUUGGAUUCCUCAUAUCCCAGUGAUUUAGUCGGAAAAUAUAAAAUUCGCGACACCUUUUUGACAACGUAUGCCGAAAAGACAAAGGAAUACAAAGCUUUAACCAUUAAACGGUAUAUUUUGUCACUGCCACACUUCUAUGAAUUUCUCCUUACUGAGGAGAUCCAUCUACCUGGAAUAGCACCAGAUAUGAUUUUAAGGAUGAAAGUUAGUGUAUCUCGAUGGAGCAAAUCUAAUAAUGGAACGGUAGAGAUACAGCAGCUUGAGAGACAGAUGGAGGAGCAACAAGUGCUUAUCACGCCUGAGCAGAUCCAACGGUAUGAGGAGUCUGCCAGUGCAAAGGAGGCUAUCUCGAUAAUUAAAAAUUUUCGUAGCCCUUACCGAGAAAACACCUUGUCUCGUCAAGAAUAUGCGUGUAUACGGGAUUUUCUCAUAACGGAAAUAACUAUAAUUAAUUGUCAGAGGUCUGGCGUACCUAGCAACAUGAACAUCGAUGAGGUGAAGGCUGCUGUAUUUCGUGAUGGUAAAUAUAUUAUUAAAGUAAAACGUCACAAGACAUUUAGGAAACACGGUCCUGUUAAUCUGUGUACGAGAGAAACCUUGUACCAACAGCUAUUAAUUUUUUUCGAUUCAAUUCGCAGUCAGAUACACAGUGACUUUGAAAAUGUUUUGUUUCCUAUAAUGGCAAGAUGUUAGAAUCUGGAGCAAUAUCGAAACAAAUUAAUAGCACUUGGAAAAGGUCCGGUGUUUAUGGUGAAAACGAUCCGCCAGUGAGGAAAAACAUCACUUCAAAUAUAUUUCAAAAGUCUGGAUCCACCAUCAUUGAAGAUAAAAAUCCAAGUGAAGCUCCAUAUGUUGCUAGCCUGUUGACGCACUCUGAGAGCAUCUCAAAAAAUACUACCGUUUGAUAGAAAAGGAAAAGUAUGCCCUUAAGGGUACAGCUGCCUUGGAGGAAACUUUCAACAAACGUGGCAAAAAAAAUAUUUACGAAAAAAAGAAAACGUGGACUGAUGCCGAAGUCGGGGAGUUGGAGACUCUAUUUAAACAGUUUUUGACUGCGAAAUCUGUCAGAAUUGGCGAUGUACGUAAUCUACGUGAAAAUUUUAUCCAUCUUAUUCAUUUGUCUGAUAGGCAGAUUUUAGAUAAAUUGAGAAGCUACUGGCGCUAUGGAGUCACGGAAGAGGAGAAAGGUAGGUUAAAACUAUCGCAUUUUUCUUCUUAUAUGUUGUAUUGGUGACUUUUAUUUGUUUUACGUUAGUAUAAAUAUAAAGAUUUUCAUGAAAAUUGUGCCUGUUUUUUUAUUAAAUUUAAAAGAAUUCAUUUCCUAUCUUUUAAUAGAUGGUAAUGAUGCUGUUGACAACUCAUGCUCCUCUAUUGCAAAUGAAUACAAACAAUCUGUGUCAAAAGGAGGUAUGUUUGUGUUGUGCUACUUGCUAGCUUAAUUGAUUUUGAAAAAAGCGCUGAAGCUUUCACAGGCAGAAACUCGCGAAAUGCAAUUUUUUUGUGAAAUUUACAAUUCGCGAAUAUUUCUGUUGCGAAAGUUUAUGCACUUAAAGCAGCCCGAUCCAAUAUUUCUUUAGUUAAGGCUUAAUAGUGUGUGGUGUGCUCUUGUUGCGAAAACACAAUUUUGUUUUUGAUAUAGUAGAUAAGCAUCAUGGUGAAAACGACGAGGAAAGUGAAGAUGAUGAUUAUGAAAAUACAGUUUCUGGGAAGGAAAAAGUUUUCUCGAAUGUUGAAGCUAACAUCAUUGUCGAAAAGUGUGCCGAGAUCAUUCGUUCUGGACCAAUAUCCAUCAAUAGAGUAGAACGUGCACUCGAAUCAAGCUCUGUUGGAAAACGUGUACUACAAAACUUUGACAUGUCGCAAAUACAAACAAGGCUUAAAUAUGAGCGCUUGUAGUACAGAAAAAGUUCCAGAAGAAAGUGUCUCUAAACUGUUUUAUUUCUACCUUUACUGUACGAAACAUUUAACUAUAAUUUGGUGUAGUUUCGCACACUUUUAAUUAUUUUUCCCACUAUUAAACGCUCCUCAUUGUAUGUAUCGAGAAUGUUUUCAUUUUCUUUGAAUUCUUAUGGUUCGUUAAAAAAAAGAUCUGUAGCGCACGUUUUAAUUCUUAACGGUGCUGAGACAAGAGUAUGGAUUAAAAUAAGUACCAUUUGUUAAAAAUAGUUAUAUCGUUUUGCAGUAUACAAGUUAUGUUUUAUGUGCAUCACUUGACAUUUUUAUGUAUGUUAUUUUUCUAUAUAUAUAUUUAGUUAUGCAAAAACAAUGAACAAAAUUUCCGUAA